UAAUACUUUAGAUUGUCCAGAUAAUUUAUUGGUUUAUUUGGAUAGUCGCCAAAUAUUUACAUCAUUAUUGUAUUGUUGGUACAUUUGUAUUAUUUCUUCAAUUGUUGCUUGUAUUUGGUAUAAUCAGCUUAAAGUUGGUAUGUUUCCAA